CGGCGGGAGCUCUGGGGCGCUCUGCUCUGGCGCGGCCCGCAGCCCGCCCGGCCUCCUCCUUCUCCUCGGGUGCUGGUGUCGUGCCUUAGCGCUGCGAGCUGCUGACUUUCCAGAGUGGUCUCUUCAACCUGAAGAUGGCAACACUAGUCUUUAUUGAUCAGGAGAAUGGUGAAGUUGGUGCUACUAAGAAUCAGAUGAGACUCCCUUCAGGAUCCUGUGUGUAUAUGCUGCCUGAAGGCAUUAGGAGCUCAACAAAAGCCUUAUCUGAAAGAAUGCAAGUUAACACUCCUCUUCCUAAAAAGACAAUCAGUACACCUUCAGCCAUGCCUUGCUCUGUCAGAAAGGCUCUUGGAAAUGUGAAUAGAACUGAAGGAGUCACAAGCAAGAUGGAAAAGAUAAGAGAGAAAAAUCAGCCUUGCUCUGCAAAGAAAAUAACUGAAAAGACUGCUGGAUUAGAAAGCUGUGAUGCAGUGGCUGAAGAAGACUGGCCAGAAAUAGAAAACAUGUUUUCUUAUGAUCCUCGAACCUUUGAGAGUUUUGAUCUUCCUGAAGAGGACAAAGUGAGCAAUAUCAACCUGCGUGGUGUUCCCCUCAUGGUAUUAGGAAGGACAUAUGACAGAUAUGUGAACAUGGUUCCUUCACCCAUGAAGAUUGAAGAGAUUUCAUGGGAGUCUAACUUGCUACAAUCAACAGACUUCCUUGCUACCCUGGAUGAGAUCAUUGACAUGCCACCUCCCAAUUAUGACCCUGAAUGUGUAUUCUGAAGCUUCCAUUGAGUUUAAAUUUAAUGUAGUUCUGUUUUUUAAUAAAGGCUAAUCUCAACU